GUUGUCUUUCCAAUUUUAUUUAUAAUCUUACGAUUUGAUUAUCUUGAGGGGAUUUGGACUCCAAUAGAUUUGUUGAGGCACAACAUAUAUACCAUCAACUAUGGUUUCAAACACUCAUGAGAAUGAUCAUAUUGUGGUUUCUAAAGAGAUUACACAGCUUGAUGGUGAUGAUAUUGAAAAUAAAAGAGUUGAAGAAACUAGAAUCCUCGAUGGUAACAAUGAAUCGUCUCAUGUUGAGGCAGAAGUAACUAUUUGUGAUACAUGUGGUAAUCAAGGAUAUAAAUAUUCACUUGUGACUUGUUCCAACUGCAAAGUUGGUGCUGAACAUACCUAUUGCAUGAUGGAAAAGGUAGAUAUGAAUCUUAAUAAUUGGUUUUGCUAUGACUGCGUUGAAGAGAUUGAUGGAAUGCAAAAGGAAGAAAAAAUUGAAGAAACAAGUUCUAAGAAAAGGAAACUAGAAUCUGUUAUUGAUGUUUCAGAGAUUACAGAAAAGAGAUCACCUCAAAGACGAGCUAAUUUCUUGAAUAAUGAAAUCGCAGAUUUUGACUUGAACGUGGAUCUUAACAUAGAACUAGCAGGUGAAAUUCUUGGUAUAGAUGUAAACAGAAACCUUCUCACAGAGUUGAACGAAGACCAUGACAUAAAUCUGAACACAAAUGAUCAUGGCAUAGAUAUGCGACAUAAGUUAGGUCAUGCUUCAUCUUCUGAAGCAGAAUCUUCAAGUCAUUUCCAAUCUCAAUGUGCAAAGAGACUUCAGGUGGAUACAAAAUUCUCUACACAUAUCGAAUCAAAAAAUAUAUUCUGUACUAAUAAAUAA